GCUGACCGAGCGUUACACUUACGUCAUUAAUGUGCGACAGCUACUACCUCCUUAGCUGUAUACAUUUUAACACGGUUAACGGGUUUAUUUUCAAACUGCGUUUUAUUUUAUUUUCAAAAUACAGAUUUAGAAUAAUUGAACAUGUCGUUAGCGACGCGUUGUCGUUUUUGUUUGGGAUUGUUUCGGUCGAAAGUGAACACACGUGUGUCUGGAGGUUUACAGUUAAAUACACGUGUGUUUGGAGGAAAAUGGCCAGUUCCUCCUCCAGUCCUACAAAAUCAGAUUAAUUCAGACAGUGUGGGUUUUCGGCGGACAUUUCACACUUCUGCAGCGGCAUGGAGCGAUGAGGUUGGCAAUAUCCAGUCAAAGAAUUAUCAUUUGGUGUACACCUGUAAGGUCUGUUCCACACGUUCAAUGAAAAAGAUCUCCAAGAUGGCGUAUCACAACGGCGUGGUUAUAGUAACCUGUCCAGGCUGCCAGAACCACCACAUCAUCGCCGAUAACCUCGGAUGGUUUUCUGAUCUGGAAGGAAAAAGAAACAUCGAGGAGAUUCUUGCAGCCAAAGGGGAGACUGUGAAGCGAAUCGCAGACGACGCUGCCAUAGAGAUUAUCGUCGAGGAGACAAUUAAAGAAGCGAUGCAGAGGAGUGAAGACGAGGAGAAUGCUCCUGUAAAAAACUCUGAAAAUUCAUGACACUUUUGGCAAUUCGAUGCUGCAGUAAUGGUCGUUUCUCAUUGGGCAGUGGGGUACAGUGUUGGUCAAUCAGCUGUUUCAAAUUGAAGCUCUUAUUUGCGGGGGGUUGUUUCGCAGACAUUCCACAAUGUUAAAGUAUGUGGUGUCGUCCAUUAAGAUAAAGUUUUUGUAUUGAAAACUGUUCUUGUAUAAGAGCAAUAAAACAUAUUUUUCAUGUUAUUGAAAAAUACUUAGUUCUAUAGAGGGGAACAAGUGCUGCAUCAAACCUGUUGACUUUUUUGCUACAUCAGCAUGUAGUUUCGCUUCUUAUUCUUUCCAUAUAAAAGUUUUAGUUGCCUAGAGAAUUACAUAGAGUGCGGAUCAUAUUAUCUUACCCCUAUCCAAUAUUCACUGUAAUGCACUGCUACUGUGUGGAAAAACAACACAAUUUCUGUCUGAUGACUGAUUUGUUUCCAAAAAAUUCUUGUAAUAAAACCUGAAAACUUCA